GUCAUCCUGUUUGCAUUGAGAGAUUAUAUCCAGUACUGGUAUUACGCUCUGAGUGAGGAUGAGUCUUUUCUGCUGGAAAUCAGACAGACUGUCCAGAACGCUCUGGUCCAGUUCUCUACACGGUAAUAUUCUAUUACCACUCUAUUACUUCAUUAUAAUACUGCAUUAUAAGUAGUCUAUUACUACAUUAUAACUAGUCUAUUACCACUCUAUUACUACAUUAUAACUAGUCUAUUACCACUCUAUUACUACAUUAUAACUAGUCUUACUACAUUAUAACUAGUCUAUUACUACAUUAUAACUAGUCUAUCACCACUACUGCAUUAUAACUAGUCUAUUAAUACUCUAUUACUACAUUAUAACUAGUCUAUUACUACUACUGCAUUAUAACUAGUCUAUUACUACUCUAUUACUACAUUAUAACUAGUCUAUUACUACAUUAUAACUAGUCUAUUACCACUCUAUUACUGCAUUAUAACUAGUCUAUUACCACUCUAUUACUGCAUUAUAACUAGUCUAUUACUACAUUAUAACUAGUCUACCACUCUAUUACUGCAUUAUAACUACUCUAUUACUGCAUUUUAACUACUCUAUUACUGCAUUAUAACUAGUCUAUUACUACAUUAUAACUAGUCUAUUACUACAUUAUAACUAGUCUAUUACUACAAUAUAACUAGUCUAUCACCACUACUGCAUUAUAACUAGUCUAUUACUACUCUAUUACUACAUUAUAACUAGUCUAUUACUACAUUAUAACUAGUCUAUUACCACUCUAUUACUGCAUUAUAACUAGUCUAUUACCACUCUAUUACUGCAUUAUAACUAGUCUAUUACUACAUUAUAACUAGUCUAUUACCACUCUAUUACUGCAUUAUAACUACUCUAUUACUGCAUUAUAAACUAGUCUAUUACUACAUUAUAACUAGUCUAUUACCACUCUAUUACUGCAUUAUAACUACUCUAUUACUGCAUUAUAACUAGUCUAUUACUACAUUAUAACUAGUCUAUUACUACAUUAUAACUAGUCUAUUACUGCAUUAUAACUAGUCUAUUACCACUCUAUUACUGCAUUAUAACUACUCUAUUACUGCAUUAUAACUAGUCUAUUACUACAUUAUAACUAGUCUAUUACUGCAUUAUAACUAGUCUAUUACCACUCUAUUACUGCAUUAUAACUAGUCUAUUACCACUCUACUGCAUUAUAACUAGUCUAUUACCACUAUUACUGCAUUAUAACUAGUCUAUUACUGCAUUAUAACUAGUCUAUUACCACUAUUACUGCAUUAUAACUAGUCUACCACUCUACUGCAUUAUAACUAGUCUAUUACUGCAUUAUAACUAGUCUAUUACUGCUCUAUUGCUGCAUUAUAACUAGUCUUACUGCAUUAUAACUAGUCUAUUACUGCUUUAUAACUAAUCUAUUACCACUCUAUAACUAGUCUAUUACUACUCUACUGCAUUAUAACUAGUCUAUUACCACUCUACUGCAUUAUAACUAGUCUAUUACCACUAUUACUGCAUUAUAACUAGUCUAUUACCGCAUUAUAACUAGUAUAUUACCACUCUAUUACUGCAUUAUAACUAGUCUAUUACCACUCUAUUACUACAUUAUAACUAGUCUAUUACCACUCUAUUACUGCAUUAUAACUAGUCUAUUACCGCAUUAUAACUAGUCUAUUACUGCAUUAUAGCUAGUCUAUUACCACUCUAUUACUGCAUUAUAACUAGUCUAUUACUGCUCUAUUGCUGCAUUAUAACUAGUCUAUUACUGCAUUCUAACUAGUCUAUUACCACUCUAUAACUAGUCUAUUACUACUCUAUUAAUGCAUUAUAACUAGUCUAUUUCUGCUUUUUAACUAGUCUAUUACUACUCUUAUUACUGCGUCAUAACUAGUAUAUUACUACUCUAUAACGACUGUAUUACUACUGUUUUACCACACGGUUAUACAGGUCUAAAGAUGUAGACUGGCAGCCUUAUUUGACCACCAGACUGGUGGAUGACUUCGCUACUCACCUUCGAGUCUUCAGAAAGGCCCAAGACAGACUGGAGGGCAGGGAAGACAAUAAACAGAGUAAGGGCACACACACACACACACACACACACAGACACACACACACACACUCAGACACACACACAGACAGACACACACACUCAGACACACACACACACACACACACACUCUCAGACACACACACACACAGACAGACACACACAGAGACACACACACUCUCUUUCUCUAUCAGACAUGAUGAUGAUGUGGAUAAUUAUGAAGAUGGUGGUGGUGGUGGUGAUGUUUAUGUUUAUGAUCAUGGUGGUGGUGUGUUUUUAGGGGACUUGUCGGAGGAGAUGGUGGAGUCGUUCUUUGAGGCGGAGGUGGAGAUGGAGAGGAACAUCUGUAGAGACGUGGUCUGCACCUCCCUGAAGGAUGAAGAAGGUACACACACACACACACACACACACACACCCUGAAGAACGAGAAAGGUUCACACGCUGCACCUCGGCAGUUGAAACACCUUUGAGCCUCUGUGUGUUUUAAAUAGAAAGAAAGUCCCACACUCUAUAUGCGCCCAAGGAUUUAAUGGGUAAACCUCACCGUCUCACGUCAGAUAGCACAACGCCGUCUGCAAUGAUCUGUCUGAUAACUCGCAAACACUCAUGGGAUAGAUCAAAAAAGUAGUUUGGCUACAAUACGCUGUCAUAACAUCCGAAAAUGUUACUAAGGUCAGAGUUUAUCUUACAAAAACUAUAAACCUGUAGCUAAUUUUGACAUUUUCUUUUAAGUCUUAACUACCUAAUUCUACAUCUAGCUAAGGAGUAUUGUGGUUGUAGAAUCAGUAUUGUGAAAUUCGAAAUGUGCAUGAAAAUUGGCUAGCUAGCUAACUAUUUUGCUUGCUAGCUGAGCCAGUCUCCAUAUUUUUAGUUUAUUUUUUAUUUAACCUUUAUUUAACUAGGCAAGUCAGUUAAGAACAAAUUCUUAUUUACAAUGACGGCCUACACCGGCCAAACCCGGGCGAUGCUGGGCCAAUUGUGUGCCGCCCUAUGGGACACCCAAUCACGGCCGGUUGUGAUACAGCCUGGAAUCGAACCAGGGGGUCUGUAGUGACGCCUCAAGCACUGAGAUGCAGUGCCUUAGACCGCUGCACCACUCGGGAGCAGUGGCGGCUCCUGAAAAAAUUCUCAGGAGGGGCAAUUUUUCUGAUGAUUUAGGUGACCUACACACGUGCACGAGUCCGUGCACGCGAUUCCAGAUAUCUUUACCUCUGAAUAAACUGCCUUUAUUAUACCAUAUCCACCCUGUCCAAAGUCUCUACUUGGUCUCAGUUCUCCAGUAAACUUGUGAUUAUCAACAGUACACAACGGUAACAAACAAUUGGGGGAACUCACGGGGCAGAUAGUAACCACUUAAAAGGAAGCGAUUCCCAAACCUUCCAUAACAAAGCCAUCACCUACAGAGAGAUGAACUUGGAGAAGAGUCCCCUAAGUAAGCUUGUCCUGGGCCUCUGUUCACAAACACAAACAGACCCCACACAGCCCCAGGACAACAACAACAACAACAACAACAACACAAUUAGACCCAACCAAAUCAUGAGAAAACAAAAAGAGAAUUACUUGACACAUUGGAAAGAACAAACAAAAAAACAGAGCAAACUAGAAUGCUAUUUGGCCCUAAACAGAGAGUACACAGUGGCAGAAUACCUGACCACUGUGACUGACCCAAACUUAAUGAAAGCUUUGACUAUGUACAGACUCAGUGACCAUAGCCUUGCUAUUGAGAAAGGCCGCCGUAGGCAGACCUGGCUCUCAAGAGAAGACAGGCUAUGUGCACACUGCCCACAAAAUGAGGUGGAAACUGAGCUGCACUUCCUAACCUCCUGCCAAAUGUAUGACCAUAUUAGAGACACAUAUUUCCCUCAGAUUACAGCGAUCCACAAAGAAUUCGAAAACAAACCCAAUUUUGAUAAACUCCCUUAUCUACUGGGUGAAAAACCACAGUGUGCCAUCACAGCUGCAAGAUUUGUGACCUGUUGCCACAAGAAAAGGGCAACCAGUGAAGAACAAACACCAUUGUAAAUACAACCCAUAUUUAUGUUUAUUUAUUUUCCCAUUUGUACUUUAACUAUUUGCACAUUGUAACAACACUGUAUAUAUACAUAAUAUGACAUUUGAAAUGUCUUUAUUCUUUUGAAACUUCUGAGUGUAAUGUUUACUGUUAAUAUUUAUUGUUUAUUUCACUUUUGUUUACUAUCUACUUCCCUUGCUUUGGCAAUGUUAACACACGUUUCCCAUGCCAAUAAAGCCCUUAAAUUGAAUUGAAUUGAUAGUAAGGUCGCAAUGACACAGAAAGCAGUUCAAUGUCGGGGUACAGAGUCGCUCUCUUACCAGGAUCGCGGUCCGCUCUGACCAGGGUGAAGGUGGCCGGCUCCACUUCUCUGUCCGGGACUCAUCCAGCCAAGUCUCCCAGCUGUAUUGGGAUUCAGCUGCCAGCAGCGUUUUCAUUAUUUAGUCCGUUCGUAGCGGGUAUGUACACGAUCAACAAGAUCAGUCCAAAACCAACCACUGGAAAUCCAUGGUUGGCAGAAUGUUUGUAAACUAAGUCUACAAAUUAAAAACAUAAAAUAACGCCGCACUGCAGGUCGCAACAGAGACGCUUCUAGCCGCCAUUGUCUUAGUUACGUUCAACGUUACGUCACGUAUGACGAAAGCGCGUAAGUGCAAGCCCACAGACACCCAUAGAGAAUGUAUUGAAAGCUUUGAAAUGUGAAAAAAAUAGAUUUUACAUGACAGGCUAUGAGAGACUUCUGGGCGAUUUUCAACCUGACUGAAAUCGCCCCAAAAACGGGCGGGCCAUUUGAAGCACGACUUUAGCCUGAUUUGACAUUUAGUGGCUGGCAGAUCAGACGUGAACACUGAUAACUGCUGUUGCCGUGAUAUAAUUGAUUAGAAAAAAAAUCCCUUCCUUUUCCCGUUUGGCAGUGCGUCGCCCAUAUCGCCCUAUUGAACACACCGCCCAUGCUCGGGAGCCACAUGAAACGCAAGUGAUGCUAACCCGACGCCAGUUCACACACUCAAUGCUGAAUAAAUACUCCCUCAAGGUAGCUACAUAGCGUAGUAAAAUUCUAGCUAUAGCACAAUUAAUACGUUUUAUGAUAAGACAGUUUCUGUUCUGCUGUGUUUAGUGCACCGAGUUCUGCAGCAGCUGACUGCGCUAGCUGCGACUUCGUGUUGGCCAAGUGUUACAACGUAGCGAGUCAAAUAGAGGCGAAAGAAACGCACACCUAUUUAGGCGAGGUGCUGGCGAACUGAGUAAAACACUUGGAAAAACGUUUCGACAGACAAGCUGUCUUCAUCAGGGUAUAAUGACAAACGUAGCGAGUCACCAGUGCCAGCUAUCAGGGACGGAUACAUACUGAUUUCUGAGAACGACCCCAUAACUUUGGUGCAUUACAACUUCAUCAGCAAGCUGGCAGACUAGCUACAGUAAUGGCGAUUCAAACAAACUGGUACUGGGCUGCUGACUGGGAACAAGUUUCCUCUGCUGAUCGAACAUGGUUUGCUGUAGCAGCCAAUAGCCAGUGCAACAGUUCAUAGCUAUGGUAGUCCUGGCAACUAGUGUUAGGCAGAUGAGCAAAAUCUAGAUUUGUAGGGAUGAGUUCCACGGUUUGCUAGACAGAUGGCUCCUGGAGACGCUUGUUGCGUUAGAAUGACACCAUCGGAUGAAAGACAAUGGGGUAAACCUUAUAACCAACGGUUGGCAACGCAGCGCUUUCUUCAGGGUCAGCCGAAACGUUAGUAAUGAAGUUUUCCCAUUAAAUUGUUGGGAGCAUAUAUAUCGUGUGCAACUUUCUUUUUCUACUGUUUACUCUCCGUUAGUCAGCACCUCUACAAAAAAGGUGUGGGUGUGCGUCUGCUCCAGGUUUUUACCUCUGUGGGUUUAUCAUAAUGUUCACAUUCAGGCGCUGACUUCUCUGUCUGUCUCUGUGUGUCAGGGUUCCUGAGGGAUCUGUGUGAGGUGCUGCUCUAUCUGUUACUACCUCCUGGAGACUUCCACAACAAGAACAUGAGAUAUUUCCUCAGGGUGAGACACACACACACACACACACACACACACACUUUUUGAGGAUCUGAGGGCCCAUGCCAAAUCUUUUCAGCCUCCUGAGGGGAAAGAGGCACUGUCGUGCCCUCUUCACAACUGUGCGCGUGUGGGGACCAUGUUUAAGUCCUUAUUGAUGUGGACGCCAAGGAACAUGAAGCUCUCGACCCGCUCCACUACAGCCCUGUCGAUGUGGAUGGGGGCGUGCUCUCCCCUCUUUCUCCUGUAGUCCAUGAUCAGCUCCUUGGUCUUAUUGACGUUGAGGGAGAGGUUGUUGCUCCGGCACCACACUGCCAGGUCUCUGACCUCCUCCCUAUAGGCUGUCUCAUCGUCGUCGGUGAUCAGGCCUACCACCGCUGUCGUCAGCAAACUUAAUGAUGGCGUUGGAGCAGUGCGUGGCCACACAGUCGUGGGUGAACAGGGAGUACAGGAGGGGACUAAGCACUCACCCCUGAGGGGGCCCCCGUGUUGAGAGUCAGCGCGGCGGAGGUGUUGUUGCCUACCCUCCCCACCUUGGGGGGCGGCCCGUCAGAAAGGUCAGGUUCCAGUUGCAGAGAGAGUUGUUCAAAGUCAGAGUCCUGAGCUUAGUGAUGAGCUUGGAGGGCGCUAUGGUGUUGAACGCUGAACUGAUUCAAUAAACAACAACAUCACAUUGGUGUUCCUCUUGUCCAGGUGGGAGAGGGCAGUGUGGAGUGCAAUAGAGAUUGCGUCAUCUGUUGAUCUGCUGAGGCGGUAUGCAAAUUGGAGUGGAUCCGGGGUGUCUAGGAUGAUUGUAUUAAUGUGAGCCACAAGCAGCCUUUCAAAGCAUUUCAUAAAUACAGAGGUGAGAGCUACAGGGCGAUGGUCAUUUAGGCAGGUUACCUUGGACUUCUUGGGAACAGGGAUGAUGGUGAUCAGCUUGAAACAUGUUGGGAUUACCGACUGGGACAAGGAGAGAUUGAAAAUGUCCCUGAAGACACUUGCCAGCUGGUCUGCGCAUGCUCUAAGAACACGCCCUGGUAUUCCAGGGUUAAAAAAGGCACACUUGACUAAGUCGCUUUGGAUAAAAGCGUCUGCUAAAUGGCUUAUAGUAUUAUUAUAUAGUAAUCCAUUGUUUUUGGUUUGGAUACGUUCGUAUAGUCACUGUGGGGACAAUGUCAAUGCACUUAUUGAUGAAGUCCGGUACUGAUUUGGUAAACUCCUUCGGAUGAAUUCCGGAACAUAUCCCGGUCUAUACUAGCAGAACAGUCUUGUAGCCUCACUUCCGUAUUGAGCGCUUCACUGGUACUUCCUGUUUGAGCUUUCGUUUGUAAGCAGGAAGAUGGAGUCAAGGUCUGAUUUGCUGAAGGGAGGGCGAGCGAGGGCCUUUCAUGCGUUUCUGUGGGUAGAAUAAAAGUGGUCUCGAGUUUUAUCGGCCCUAGUGCCACAGUAGACUUGUUGGUAGAACGGUUUUAAGUCUCCCCGCGUUAGUCUCCGCCCACCAGAAACGCUGCCCCUGGGUGUGCGGUUUCUUGUUUGUUUAUGGCCCCAUACAGUACUGAUGGUGAUGUAAUGUGAUUGUGUCCAUGUUACAGGAGAUUCUGAUGGUGAUGUAAUGUGAUUGUUUCCAUGUUACAGGAGAUUCUGAUGGUGAUGUAAUGUGAUUGGGUUCAUGUUACAGGAGAUUCUGAUGGUGAUGUGAUUGUGUCCAUGUUACAGGAGAUUCUGAUGGGGAUGUAAUGUGAUUGUGUCCAUGUUCCAGGAGAUUCUGAUGAUGGUGAUGUAAUGUGAUUGUGUCCAUGUUACAGGAGAUUCUGAUGGUGAUGUAAUGUGAUUGUGUCCAUGUUCCAGGAGAUUCUGAUGGUGAUGUAAUGUGAUUGUGUCCAUGUUCCAGGAGAUUCCGAUGGUGAUGUAAUGUGAUUGUGUCCAUGUUACAGGAGAUUCUGAUGGUGAUGUGAUUGUGUCCAUGUUACAGGAGAUUCUGAUGGUGAUGUAAUGUGAUUGUGUCCAUGUUCCAGGAGAUUCUGGCGCAAGGCGUUCUCCUUCCACUGGUCAACCAGCUGAGUGAUCCUGAUUACGUCAACCAGUUUGUUAUCUGGAUGGUUAGUAUCAGUAAAAAACCAGGACAACAAAAUAUGAUUUUCACUAGAUUAUAUCCAUAGAGUGGUCCUUUGGAGGAAGGAUUGUUGACAUAUAUUUGACAUUUGUAUCUAAAAGUAUUAUUGAGAAAUAAUUAAUCAAAGUUGGCAUAUUUAUGACAUUGUUGCCUUACCCAGGCCUCCUUUAAGACUCCAUAAUGUUUCAUCUGUAGGUGAUCCAAAACAGAAAUCAGUGGCAUAUGAAUCUUUACCGCUUUCUCUGUAAUAUGAGUAUCAGUGUUGUGUUCGAGACCACCUAAAGCGAGACCGAUUUUCAAGACCAAAGCAAAUCGAGUCGACCAAGACCUGGGGGGGGGGGGGGGUCCGAGAUCGAGUCAAGACUGAGACCAGGAAAAUGUGAAUCCAAUGGCAAUGAUGCAUAAAAAUGGCGGAAUUCAGAUAUGACAUAGUUUAUCCACUGAGCUUUUAAACUACAGCGCGCGACAUGGUUCAAUGUGCCGCCAAAUUAGCAGUAUCUACUUUUUUUGUUUUUCAAAUUGCCACGAAAUUGGAGCGAAAAUUGGGAUCAUGUGUACUUUGCUUAUGACGAUACAAAAAAAGAGUGACGGACAGCGCUGUACAAUACGGAAAACUUAGCAAACGAGGCAUUUGUUGUACGUGCAUGGAGCCGCCGUCUUUAUGCACCUCCGCUAUUCAAGACCAUGACUUUAGAUUGUACUAUGUUCAACAAUAUUGUGAAAAUUUGCCAAAUAACUAAUGGUGUAUUUUCAAUAUUCAUGUUUAUAUUUUUUUAUAUUCAUAAAUGAAUAUAAGAAAAUUGUUAUUGGAAUCAAAAUACUAUUCAUAUUACAGAGCAAGCGGUAAAGCUUCAUAUGACACCUUUUUCUUUGUAGCAAAUUUUUCUUUGUGGCCACAGUGUCAUAAAUAUGCCAACUUAUAUCUUAUCAAUUAUGCUUUUGGAAAGAAAUGUCAAAUAUAUGUCAACAAUCAUUCCUCCAAAGGACCACUCUAUGGAUUAAAUCUUGUGAAAAUAAAAAAAAUCUGGGCCUUUUUUUUUUCCUGGUUUCAUGAGGAAUCAAUCAAACGACAUUGAUAAUCAAUAUCUGUAUCAUUAUCAAUAUAACCACUUUAUCAACCAGUUGUGGGUGGUUGGUAGAGAUCAAGAACUGUUAUAAAUACAGCUGUUGUAGCACCUAUUGACAAACCUGUGUGUGUGUAGAUCCGGGACUCUAGCUGUAACUACGAGGCGUUUCUGAACGUCUUGAAGCUGACAGACAGAGUGUCUGAGCUGGAGGCUGUUAAAGACAAGGCUCUGGGAGAACUACAGUACCUACGAUCACUGGACACCGCAGGAGACGGUACACACACACACACACACACACACACACACACACACACACACACACACAGAGACACACACACACACACACACACACACAGAGACACACACACACACACAGAGAGAGACACACACACACACAGAGAGAGACACACACACACACAGAGAGAGACGCACGCACACACACAGAGAGAGAGACACACACACACAGAGAGAGACACACAGAGAGAGAGACACACGCACAGAGAGAGACACACACACAAACACACACACAGAGAGAGAGACACACACACACACACAGAGACACACACACACACAGAGAGAGACACACACACACACACACACAGAGAGAGACAGACACACACAUAGAGAGACACACACACACAGAGAGAGUGACACACAGUGACAUGCAUGACGCCACACUUAACAAAGUAUACAUAAAAUCCUGAAAAUCUAAAAUAUUCAUAUUUUUUCCCUCAACUCUCCUCUCCACAUCCCACCCCUAUCCUCCUCCUUCCUCCCUCUCAUUCUACCUCGCCAUUUCUCUCUCUCUCUCUCUCUCUCUCUCUCUCUCUCAGAUAUCAAUGUAAUAAAGAACCAGAUCAACAGUCUGUUGUUUGUGAAGAAGGUCUGUGAGACCAGGAUACAGAGGCUACAGUCUGGGAAGGUAAGACAGGAGUGAAGACGAGUCAACCGUAACACGUACUAAACCCCCCCCCUCGCGCUCUCUCUCAAUUUCGCUUGUUCUCACCUUGUCUCUCCCUGUCUCCAUCUGUCUACUGUAGGAGGUGGAUGCUCUGAAACUAGCGGCUAACUUCGGCAAGCUGUGUAUCAUACCGCUGGAACACAUCCUUGUACACAACAUCGCCCUGCAGUUCUUUAUGGGUUAGUACCACACACAACACUGUCUCUGUCCUGACAUGCAAGCAAGCAAGCAGAGCUGUUCUUCUGCCUGGCAAUAGAUGGCUACAAAGUAACAACCCACACCUGACCUCUGACCUCUACCCUCUCCUGUAGACUACAUGCUGGUGGCUGGGGCCCAGGCAGAGCUGUUCUUCUGGCUGACAGUGGAGGGCUACAGAGUAACAGCUGACCUCUAACCCUGACCUCUAACCUUUGACCUCUACCCUCUCUUGUAGACUACAUGCUGGCGGCUGGGGCCCAGGCAGAGCUGUUCUUCUGGCUGACAGUGGAGGGCUACAGAGUAACAGCUGACCCCUGACCUCUAACCUUUGACCUCUACCCUCUCCUGUAGACUACAUGCUGGCGGCUGGGGCCCAGGCAGAGCUGUUCUUCUGGCUGACAGUGGAGGGCUACAGAGUAACAGCUGACCUCUGACCCUGAUCUCUAACCUUUGACCUCUACCCUCUCCUGUAGACUACAUGCUGGCGGCUGGGGCCCAGGCAGAGCUGUUCUUCUGGCUGACAGUGGAGGGCUACAGAGUAACAGCCCAGCAACAACUAGAGGUGAUGGAGGUACGGCAGAAGGAGGGAAAGAAGGGAGGAUCCACUAAAGGAUUGCUGAAGGCUGCAGCACUAGGGGUGUAUGAGCAGUACCUGUCUGAUAAGGUAACACACACACUUUCACCACACACACACACACACACACACACACAGACACACACUUUCACCACACACACACUUUCACCACACACACACUUACUUAAAGGGAUACUUUGGGAUUUUGGCAAUGAGGCCGAAAUCAGUCAGUAUUAGAUAGAACGUUGCGUCCUUGCCCGCCUGUGGGGAAAACAACCUGUGGUUACCUAGGUUACCCCAUUAGCUAACAACAACAACUCUUUGUUGUCUGCUUGUUUUAGUCAAUUACAAAACUACAUUUAAGAAAAGUACAACAUGUCUAAAGAUUACAUUUUCAACAUUGCCUGCUCCCUAGUGUUCUCACUCCCUCAUGCCCCUUUUCAUGACGGUGCUAGCAGCCACUUGAGUGAGUGAGUGCUAGCUAGCUACCGACCGGAACAUUAAGCUAACCAAGACCAACAACACAAACAGACAGACGAUACAGUAGUGAGUGGAGUUACAAAUGAACUGUGCUAAACAAGUUAAGUCUUACCUGUGAUGAAAUGUUUUCCACACACAUAGCUACAUGUAGCCUACAUGGAUACCGGGUUCCCACAUUUCCCACUCUCCCACGCCGAAUAGCCUGAAACCACAGGGCUCUUCUCGCAGGCUCUAUUUCCCUACGUGGGAGCAUUGGGAACCGCAGGCUCUAUUUCCCUACGUGGGAGCAUUGCGAACCGUAGGUUGGGAUUUUUGACCUGGUUACAUGUACAUUGAACAACACAGCAGCUUUUCGGCAUGUUUUGUUAUUUCUGUAUAACAAAAAAUCGACUACGAAGUUGCCUCUUUUACAAUGGGGGUCAAUAGGAAAGAAUGUUGGUUUUCCCCAAUUUGUGGUCGAGGGAAAUUCCUUAUUGUUACGUGAAUACCAACUGGGACUAUGGCUGGAAGGCAUUGAGCUAACUUCCUUCAUACUGGACACAGAAACAUAAAAAUGGUAUCCACGAGUUCAUCUGACUCUGGGGAAGUAUCACUUUAAAAUCCUGAAGUAUCACUUUAACAUACACACGUUUUCUCUCAAUUGUAUAAUCUUUCUUGCUCUCCAGGCGUCCCCCAGGGUGCAGGUAGAGGAGGUGUCUGUUCUCAAACUGGAGAGAAGCUACAGAAGGAUGGCACCCCACGCCAGAGAUAUUCGACGACAUCCAGAGAAAGGUGGGUUUGUGUUUUAAUUAUCUUUAUUUUUUAAAAAAAAAUCAAACUAUCAACAGUUUUAUCAGACUAUCAACUGUUUUACCAACUGUUUUAUCAGACUAUCAACUGUUUUAUUAACUGUUUUAUCAGACUAUCAACUGUUUUACCAACUGUUUUAUCAGACUAUCAACUGUUUUACCAACUGUUUUAUCAGACUAUCAACUGUUUUACCAACUGUUUUAUCAGACUAUCAACUGUUUUACCAACUGUUUUAUCAGACUAUCAACUGUUUUAUUAACUGUUUUAUCAGACUAUCAACAGUUUUACCAGACGAUCAACUGUAACACAGCUUACUGUUUUAAACCACAUCUCUAAAUAUGGAAACUUUUAUUAAUGUUUCAUUGUCGAUCCAAAUAAAGUAUUCACGUGUUCUGACGUUCGUGCCCGUGUGUGUGCGUGUCUGUGUGUGUUGCAGGUGUAUGACAUGAUGCUUCGUGAUGAGAGGUACUACCCUUCAUUCAAACAGAGUCCUCUCUACAUCAGGAUGUUAGCUGAGCUGGACAUGCUCAAAGAACCCUCCUAUAGAGGAUCAGAUGACGGAGACGGAGGUAAGUACAGGUUCUGUCUGUAUGUUGUUAGCAUAGCUUAACCCUAACCCAGGGGUGUUAAAAUCAAUUCCUGGAGGGCAGAGAGUCUGUGGGUUUUCACUCCUCCCUUGUACUUGAAUAAUCAAUUAAGGUCAUUGAUCAGUUAGGAACUUCCCUCAUCUGGUUGCCUAGGUCUUAGUUGGACAAAAAUAACUAAAAAAUGAACACAGCCCACCAGAAAUGGAGUUUGACACCCCUGGCUUAACCCAUUCUCCAUGACUGUGAAGAGUAACUGUUGUCCUAUAUCAAUUCAAUUCAAGGGGCUUUAUUAUCAUGGGAAACAUAUGUUUUCAUUGCCAAAGCAAGUGAAAUAGAUAAUAAACAAAAGUGAAAUAAAAAAUGUACAGUAAACAUUACACUCACAAAAGUUCCAAAAGAAUAAAGACAUUUCAAAUUUCAUAUUAUGUCUAUAUACUGUCGUGGAAAUUCUACACAUGGGACACUCGAAGUAAAUCUUAAAUGAGUCAUUCUUUAUUAUCAGUGCGCUGGAGAGGUUCCAACCAACUCAAUGCACCAAGUACACAUGUCGAUCAGGAGCUCUACCGGGGCAUACCCGUUAGUUCCCUUAUAUACUGGUUACAGACACGUUACAACAGGCAUAGUUCAUAGGGUUGGUUUGGGCAUGUGUCUGGCACCGUCUCCUAUCUUAACUAAUAGAACAUAUUCAUCUCUCUCUCUAUCUCUAUCUCUAUCUCUAGCUGAGCAUCGCCACUGCGUAUCUCUGAUGCGCAAUAUCAUUCUAGUUGCUCUGCUUUUUUUCUCUAUGUUAUUCUCUUCCAAUGCUUCAAUAUCUAUCUUUAGCUCUAUCUCAUCUAUUUGGAUCAUCUCUACUCUGUCUCUUCUCUUCUCUCUCUCUCUCUCUCUUCUCUCUGGCGGCCCUCUCUCUUGUCUUUCUCGGUCUCUGCUCUGUCUCUGUUCUCUCGUUUGUCUCUGUCUUGUUUCGUCUCUGUCCGGUCUCUAUUCUUUGUCUCUAUUUCUGCUGACUGCUCUUGUCUAUCUUCUACAAGCUUGGAGUUAAAUAUAGCUCUAUCAGCUCUCGUCUAUAUCUAUCUCCGCUCUCUCUAUCUCUACUCAUCUCUCAUCUCUCUCUCUAUCCUCUCUCUCUCUAUCUCUCUCUCUCUCUACUCUCUCUCUCUCUCUCUCUCCUCUCUAUCUAUCUCUCUCUCUAUCUACAGAAUCGUUCAACGGUUCUCCAACAGGAAGCAUUAAUCUAGUAAGUCCUCGUCACCCCCUGAGACACCAGCUGUCAUUAACUACAGCCAGUCAUAGUGCUGUCUGUUACAACAGGUUUUACUGGACCCCUACUGCUGUAGAGUUGUUAACAUUUAACACCAGUUAAGCAAUGGUUGACUUUUACUGCAGAGUUCACGGUAGCAGUAUUGCUUCUUUUAAUUGGCUGUUAGUCCAGAGAUUGGCAGUAUCUCUGGUUCUGAUUUGGUUGUUUUUCUCUCCACUGUUUACAGUCUCUGGAUGACCUGUCGAACUCCUGCCAUGACGACAAUAUACAGCUACACGCCUUCAUCUCUGAUACAGGUACACACACACAAACACACACACACACACACACACACACACACACACACGUGAUAUAAUCUCCAGUCAGUAUAUAGUCUGUGGUGUGAUGUAUUGUAAGCUAGUAUAUUCUGAAAGUUAACCAGCUAUCCAUGUCCUCUCACUUGCAUGUGUGACUACUGACCACUAAUGUGGUUUCAUUCAGAGAUGUGUGGGUACAACAGUAGUGGUCUUAAAAACGUUACUCUGUCAAAAUGCCUUGAUGCUGUAAGGAGCCUAGAGGCAGCAUUGUCUCCGAACACUACAAGACGUGAGUUCUGUUAUCAAUAUUCAGCAGUAUUAUCAAAGCUUUACAUUACUGACUUCAAUGUAGAACGUUGGGGCGUUAAUGGAAAGGAAUGCGUAUCAGGGGUGAUAAAAUGGCCACCAUGUUUUGAAAUUUGAUUAAUUGAUUUGAUUGAUUGGGCUGGGUAGGGGAGGCAAUUGUUUAGAUUUUACAGCAGUGUGACAGGUAACUAUUUUAGGGCCAGAACUGUUGUCAGUCUUUUGACCUACUAACUCCUCCCCCUGACUAGCCACCAACUCACCUCUGCAUCGCCCUUUGACCUCAUCUCCUCACGUUAACCAUCAGCUUGUAUCACUUAUCUUACAAUCUCAUGUUGCUGCUACUUUUCUUUUCACACAUUCAUUAUUCUAUCACCUUUACCAUUUCAUUAUUCUAUCACCUUUUACCAUUUCUUCUGUUUCUCCUUUUUCCCUUCACUUUCCUUCUUUACCCUUCUUGCUUUCUGUCUCGCUGCCCAUGGCAUCCUCUGUCUCGCUGCCCAUGGCAUCCUCUGUCUCGCUACCCAUGGCAUCCUCUGUCUCGCUACCCAUGGCAUCCUCUGUCUCGCUAACCAUUGCAUCCUCUGUCUCGCUAACCAUUGCAUCCUCUGUCUCGCUAACCAUUGCAUCCUCUGUCUCGCUACCCAUGGCAUCCUCUGUCUCGCUACCCAUGGCAUCCUCUGUCUCGCUACCCAUGGCAUCCUCUGUCUCGCUGCCCAUGGCAUCCUCUGUCUCGCUGCCCAUGGCAUCCUCUGUCUCGCUGCCCAUGGCAUCCUCUGUCUCGCUGCCCAUGGCAUCCUCUGUCUCGCUAACCAUUGCAUCCUCUGUCUCGCUACCCAUGGCAUCCUCUGUCUCGCUACCCAUGGCAUCCUCUGUCUCGCUACCCAUGGCAUCCUCUGUCUCGCUACCCAUGGCAUCCUCUGUCUCGCUACCCAUGGCAUCCUCUGUCUCGCUACCCAUGGCAUCCUCUGUCUCGCUACCCAUGGCAUCCUCUGUCUCGCUACCCAUGGCAUCCUCUGUCUCGCUGCCCAUGGCAUCCUCUGUCUCGCUACCCAUGGCAUCCUCUGUCUCGCUGCCCAUGGCAUCCUCUAUCCCCUUUCCUCUCGCCAUGUCCAUCCUUUUGGUCAUCUGUCCUCAUCCCCCUGCUUCUCUCUCUCUCUCGCCCACCUGUCUGCAUAUGUCCCAUCCUAUGUGCCAUCACCCCUCCCUCCCUCUCUCUCUCUCUCUCUCUUCUUCACCCUUCCUGGGCUCUGUGUAUCAGUAGCUGAUGCGUGUCUCCCCGGGGCUGGGUUGGGGUUGGGGUUGGGCCUGCUGGGUGCCACAGGGGUAUGUAAUGACCACGGAAAGACCUACGCCCUCUACGCCAUCACUGUGUUGCGCCGUAACCAUGACGGCAGCGAAGACUCCUGGAAGACCUACCGACGCUACUCUGACUUCCACGACUUCCACAUGAGGAUCACGGAGCAGGUAAAGGUAAAUGUGGGUGUGUUGGUGUGUGUGUGUGUGUUCCUAUAACAAAGGGCUUCUGACUACUAAGGUGUGUACAUAGAUAUGGAAAGAUGGCAUGUGCCAGCAUGAGCAGCGCCAUUGAGGGCAAUCUCCAUUUUAAAGUAGUCAAUAUAUUCUUCUGCUUCUGUAAGUGCAGUUUGUAAACUGAAAAGGUGGCUACUGACACCUACUGUGCUGGAGGGUGUAUAGUCUGAACAGGUAUAAAGCCAAGGCUGGGGAUAUACUGCCACCUGCAGUUAUAGAGUAUAAUUAAUUAGCUGACCCUGCCUGCUGACCUUAACCCGUAGGAAGUCCCACCCAGCUGACUACUUUAAAAUGGUGGAAGCCUCAAUGACACUGCCCAUGCUAAAACAGCCUUUGGUCCGAAUGCGCCCUCCAUCCAUCUCCAUGGGUGUGUGUUGUUCCUCCAUUUUGGGAACCUGAAGUGUGUGUUUGCGUUGUGUUCCAGUUUGAGAAUUUGACGUCGAUCCUGAAGCUGCCGGGGAAGAAGACGUUCAACAACAUGGACAGAGACUUCCUGGAAAAGAGGAAAAGAGACCUGAACUCGUACUUACAGGUAAGAGUGUGACGAUGUGUGUCAUGCCUUAAGUAUAUCCGGUUACAUGGCUAUAACCAGUCCUCUGUCUGCGUGUUAGCUGCUGCUGAAUCCAGAGAUGGUGAAGGCCUGUCCUACUCUGGUCCCAUACGUCUACGACUUCCUGGAGAAUAAACAGUACAGCAAGGGGAAGGGAGACUUCGCACGCAAGGUACACACAUACAGACACACACUUACCUUGCCCAACUGCAAGAUACUCCAGUUGCUUAUCUACGGCGUCGCACACGACACAAACUCACUUGUCUAGUGUGUGUGUGUGUGUGUGUGUGUGUCCUCAGAUGGAUACGUUUGUGAACCCACUGCGUAGCUCGAUGCGUAACGUGUCCAUCGCUGUGAAGGGCCUGCCAGACAGUCUGGCUGAAGGGAUGAACAAGGCUGCUGACAACAUGGGACGCAUGUCUGAGAAGCUGGGACACGAACUCAAACAGUCAAUGUUCAAGGUAACGACCCUAACUGCAACUUUUUAUUACAACCAUAACCUAGCCAACAAGGGAUCUCUGAACGAUUGGGACAGAAUCAAACAUGUCAUGUUCAAGAUACAGGCUGACUAUACUGUCUAACACUGCAGAUAUGGCUGUGGUGGUCAUUACAUUUAGUCAGUGAUUGUCAAGCAAAUAACUGCCGGUCUCAUGGUAAUUGACCGUUAAUUAACAUAAACUCGUGAGUUGUCCUUAUGUUAGGUCCUGAUAUGGCUGUGCCAUAUGGCUGUGGGCUACACUAGUUCAUUUAGUAGACAAGAUUUGCUUAGAAUUCCGUGGCAGUAUUUUAUAAUCAAAUCAAAUUGUAUUUGUCACAUGCGCCGAAUACAACAGGUGUAGACCUUACAGUGAAAUGCUUACAAGCCCUUAACCAACAAUGCAGUUUUAAGAAUACCAACAACAAAAAAAACAAUCACACAAAAAAUAAUACGAAAUAAAAGUAACAAAUAAUUAAAGAGCAGCAGUAAAAAUAACAAUAGUGAGGCUAUAUACAGGGUACCGGUACAGAGUCAAUGUGCAGGGGCACCGGUUAGUCGAAGUAAUUGAGGUAAUAUGUACAUGUAGGUAGGGGUAUUAAAGUGACUAUGCAUAGAUAAUACGCAGAGAGUAGCAGAGGGGGGAUGCCUGCGGUAGCAGAGAGAACAGUCUAUGACUAGGGUGGCUGGAGUCUGACACCUUUCUCUGACACCGCCUGGUAUAGAGGUCCUGGAUGGCAGGAAGCUUGGCCCUAGUGAUGUACUGGGCCGUACGCACUACCCUCUGUAGUGCCUUGCGGUCGGUGGCCGAGCAGCUGCCAUACUAGGCAGUGACGCAACCAGUCAGGAUGCUCUCGAUGGUGCAGCUGUAGAACUUUUUGAGGAUCUGAGGACCCAUGCCAAAUCUUUUCAGUCUCCUUAGGGGGAAUAGGUUUUGUCGUGCCCUCUUCACGUCUGUCUUGGUGUGUGCUUGGACCAUGUUAGUUUGUUGGUGAUGUGGACACCAAGGAACUUGAAGCUCUCAACCUGCUCCACUACAGCCCCAUCGAUGAGAAUGGGGGCGUGCUCGGUCUUCUUCUUUUUCCUGUAGUCCACAAUCAUCUCCUUUAUCUUGAUCACGUUGAGGGAGAGGUUGUUGUCCUUGCACCACACGGCCAGGUCUCUGACCUCCUCCCUAUAGGUUGUCUCGUCGUUGUCGGUGAUCAGGCCUACCACUGUUGUGUCAUCUGCAAACUUAAUGAUGGUGUUGGAGUCGUGCCUGGCCAUGCAGUCAUGGGGGGACUGAGCACGCACCCCUGAGGGGCCCCAGUGUUGAGGAUCAGCGUGGCGGAUGUGUUGUCACCUACCCUUACCACCUGGGGUCGGCCCGUCAGGAGGUCCAGGAUCCAGUUGCAGAGGGAGGUGUUUAGUCCCAGAGUCCUUAGCUUAGUGAUGAGCAUUGAGGGCACUAUGGUGUUGAACACUGAGCUGUAGUCAAUGAACAGCAUUCUCACAUAGGUGUUUAUUUUGUCCAGGUGUGAAAGGGCAGUGUGGAGCGCAAUAGAGAUUACAUCAUCUGUGGAUCUGUUGGGGCGGUAUGCAAAUUGGAGUGGGUCUAGGGUUUCUGGGAUAAUUUGCUUUGGAUAAAAGCGUCUGCUAAGUGGCAUAUUAUUAUAUUAUUAUUAUAUUAUGGUGUUGAUGUGAGCCGUGACCAGCCUUUCAAAGCACUUCAUGGCUACAGAUGUGAGUGCUACAGGUCGGUAGUCAUUUAGGCAGGUUACCUUAGUGUUCUUGGGAACAGGGACUAUGGUGGUCUGCAGGCAGGGAGAUAUGGAAUCACGUAGUAACCAAAGAAGUGUUAAACAAAUCAAAAUAUAUUUUAGAUUCUUCAAAGUAGCCACCGUUUGCCUUGAUGACAGCAUUGCACACUCUUGGAAUUCUCUCAACCAGCUUCAUGAGGAAUGCUUUUCCAACAGUCUUGAAGGAGUUCCCACAUAUGCUGAGCACUUGUUGGCUGCUUUUCCUUCACUCUGCCGUCCGACUCAUCCCAAACCAUCUCAAUUGGGUUGAGGUCGGGUGAUUGUGGAGGCCAGGUCAUCUGAUGCAGCACUCCAUCAGUCUCCUUCUUGGUCAAAUAGCCCUUACACGGCCUGGAGGUGUGUUGGGUCAUUGUCCUGUUGAAAAACAAAUGAUAGUCCUACUGAGCGCAAACCAGAUGGGAUGGCGUAUCGCUGCAGAAUGCUGUGGUAGCCAUGCUGGUUAAGUGUGCCUUGAAUUCUAAAAAAAUCACUGACAGUGCCACCAGCAAAGCACCAUCACACCUCCUCCUCCGUGCUUCACAGUGGGAACCACACAUGCGGAGAUCAUCCGUUCACCUACUCUGUGUCUCACAAAGACACAGCGGUUGGAACCAAAAAUCUCAAAUUCUGACUCAUCAGACCAAAGGACAGAUUUCCACCGGUCCAUUGCUCUUGUUUCUUGGCCCAAGCAAGUGUCUUCUUAUAAUUGGUGUCCUUUAGUAGUGGUUUCUUUGCAGCAAUUCAACCAUGAAGGCCUGAUUCACGCGGUCUCCUCUGAACAGUUGAUGUUGAGAUGUGUCUGUUACUUGAACUCUGUGAAGCAUUUAUUUGGGCUGCAAUCUGAGGUGCAGUUAACUCUAAUGAACUUAUCCUCUGCAGCAGAGGUAACUCUGGGUCUUCCUUUCCUGUGGCGGUCCUCAUGAGAGCCAGUUUCAUCAUAGCGCUUCAUGUUUUUUGCGACUGCACUUGAAGAAACUUUCAAAGUUCUUGAAAUGUUCCGAAUUGACUGACCUUCAUGUCUUAAAGUAAUGAUGGACUGUCGUUUCUCUUUGCUUAUUUGAGCUGUUCUUGCCAUAAUAUGGACUUGGUCUUUUACCAAAUAGGGCUAUCUUCUGUAUGCCACCCAUGCCUUGUCACAACACAACUAAUUGGCUCAAACGCAUUAAGAAGGAAAGAAAUUCCACAAAUUAACUUUUAACAAGUCACACCUGUUAAUUGAAAUGCAUUCCAGGUGACUACCUCAUGAAGCUGGUUGAGAGAAUGCCAAGAGUGUGCAAAGCUGUCAUCAAGGCAAAGGGUGGCUACUUUGAAGAAUCUAAAAUCUAACAUAUAUUUUGAUUUGUUUAACACUUCUUUGGUUACUACAUGAUUACAUAUGUGUUAUUUCAUAGUUUUGAUGUCUUCACUAUUAUUCUACAAUGUAGAAAAUAGUACAAAUAAAUAAAAACCCUGGAAUAAGUAGGUGUGUCCAAACUUCUGACUGGUACUGUAUGCCAGUUAGGCUCUACACCGUUUGUAAAGCAGAUUAAUGUGCUUAAUUUUAAGGAGUUAUUUGGCCACUUUAGUUGUGAUACAAACCUUAUCAAAACGUAUAGGCCUAUGGGCUAGGUGACAUGAGGUGUGCGACAAUGAUUUGAAAAAAGGCCUGCGCUGUUUCUUGCCUUACUGCACACGCUUUGCAUCAUUCACAAGUGAUAAUAUAUAAUUCACAAGUGAUAGGCUAAUAUUUUCACCCAUCAGACUAUUCUUCAUUUAAUUUUGUCUUUACAUAUACUAAAUAAUAUAUGUGUAAAAUAAGUUUUGAUUUAGAAUGGACCAUUAUCAUGCGCUUGUCGGAACAGGGGCAGGGGGAAAAAUACAUUACAUCUAUGCACUUAAAUAGCGAAUGGAGAGCGCUUUUCCCGUGGUUCAUUUUCAUGCCAGCCAGGUAGGCUAUACUCCUGUUGUAAAGAGAAGCAAUGUGCUUAAUAUUAGGAAAGUUGAGAAAUAAAUAUAGUAGGCCUAGCCUAUAGAAAGCUGAUGGAAUCCUCCUCUUUUUAGUAGAGGCCAUCACUCUGUUUUCUCACGCAAUUGCAUGGCCUAUAGAAAUGUUGCGCAACAUGAGCUCAUGGGACUCUCAUAAAGUGUUUGAUUAGAUUUUCAAUUACAUUUGCAUUGAUGUCAGAGUGAUUAGAGGGACAAUAGAGUGCUGAGUACCAGGCAGUUAGCAAGUUUGGUAGGCUGCUAAUGACCAUCAGCAGCAUCAGAGCUUGGAGAAGCCUAGUUACCGUGACUAAGCGGUCAAGUGGAAUUUGAGUGCGGUCAUGACUCGUGACUGGUGGUAAUACGGUCACCGUAACAGCUGUAGUGUGGACCAUGUUAAUUCCUUAGUGACGUGGACACCGAGGAACUUGAAGCUCUCGACCCACUCCACUACAGCCCCGUCGAUGUUGAUGGGGGGGGGGGGGUGUGCUCGCCGCAACAGCCCUAACUCCAACCAUACUGACCAUACUCUAACAAUACUCUGACCAUCAUUUAACCAUGCUCUGUAAUGUCUGGUGUCCAGGUGCCUCCACUGCUCCCCAAGUCUGACAUUGACCCAGAGCACUGCCGAGUCUCGGCCCAGCUGGACGACAACGUGAGUACAACACCCCCCACUAGCACAGGGCCCCACCAGCUUACAGGCCCUCUGCUCUGAAACAUGUUAAUAAGUGAAAAUGAUAUAGUGGUGUGACGGUCACUUUGGCCUGGUGUGUUCCAGGUUAUUGAUAACAUCCCCCCCACUAGCACAGGGCCUGUGACGGUCACUUUGGCCUGGUGUGUUCCAGGUUAUUGAUAACAUCCCCCCCACUAGCACAGGGCCUGUGACGGUCACUUUGGCCUGGUGUGUUCCAGGUUAUUGAUAACAUCCCCCCCCACUAGCACAGGGCCUGUGACGGUCACUUUGGCCUGGUGUGUUCCAGGUUAUUGAUAACAUCCCCCCCACUAGCACAGGGCCUGUGACGGUCACUUUGGCCUGGUGUGUUCCAGGUUAUUGAUAACAUCCCCCCCCACUAGCACAGGGCCUGUGACGGUCACUUUGGCCUGGUGUGUUCCAGGUUAUUGAUAACAUCCCCCCCACUAGCACAGGGCCUGUGACAGUCACUUUGGCCUGGUGUGUUCCAGGUAGAUGAUAACAUCCCCCCCACUAGCACAGGGCCUGUGACGGUCACUUUGGCCUGGUGUGUUCCAGGUUAUUGAUAACAUCCCCCCCACUAGCACAGGGCCUGUGACGGUCACUUUGGCCUGGUGUGUUCCAGGUGGAUGAUAACAUCCCCCCCACUAGCACAGGGCCUGUGACGGUCACUUUGGCCUGGUGUGUUCCAGGUUAUUGAUAACAUCCCCCCCCACUAGCACAGGGCCUGUGGACAGCACUUUGGCCUGGGUGGUGUUCCAGGUAGAUGAUAACAUCCCCCCACUAGCACAGGGCCUGUGACGGUCACUUUGGCCUGGUGUGUUCCAGGUUAUUGAUAACAUCCCCCCCCACUAGCACAGGGCCUGUGACGGUUCACUUUGGCCUGGUGGUGUCCAGGUAUUGAGAACAUCCCCCCCACUAGCACAGGGCCUGUGACGGUCACUUUGGCCUGGUGUGUUCCAGGUAGAUGAUAACACCCCCCCCACUAGCACAGGGCCUGUGACGGUCACUUUGGCCUGGUGUGUUACAGGUUAUUGAUAAACAUCCCCCCCCACUUAGCACAGGGCCUGUGACGGUCACUUUGGCCUGGUGUGUUCCAGGUAGAUGAUAACACCCCCCCCACUAGCACAAGGGCCUGUGACGGUCACUUUGGGCCUGGUGUGUUACAGGUUAUUGAUAACAUCCCCCCCACUAGCACAGGGCCUGUGACGGUCGAUAACAUCCCCCCCACUAGCACAGGGCCUGUGACGGUCACUUUGGCCUGGUGUGUUCCAGGUUAUUGAUAACAUCCCCCCCACUAGCACAGGGCCUGUGACGGUCACUUUGGCCUGGUGUGUUCCAGGUUAUUGAUAACAUCCCCCCCACUAGCACAGGGCCUGUGACGGUCACUUUGGCCUGGUGUGUUACAGGUGGAUGAUAACAUCCCCCUGCGUGUGAUGCUGUUGCUGAUGGAUGAGGUGUUUGACCUGAAGGAGAGGAACCAGUGGCUCCGCAGGAACAUCAAGAACCUGCUGCAGCAGCUCAUCAGAGCCACAUACGGAGACACUAUCAACAGGUACACCACACACACACACACACACACACCAUACACACACACACACACACACACACACACACACAUACACACACACACACACUCACUCAUCAGAGCCACAUACGGAGACACUAUCAACAGGUACACCACACACACACACACAUACACACAUACACACCACACACACACACACACACACACACUCACUCAUCAGAGCCACAUACGGAGAUCUGACUAUUGUCUGCCUCUGGUCUCUGCAGGAAGAUCGUGGAUCAUGUGGACUUCAUGACAGCUCCAGAACAGGUAGCAGACUACGUCAAGAAGUUCAGGUAACACACACACACCAUCAGAUCGCUGCGUGUGAUUGGUUAGAAAGCCCAUCAGUAACUCUGUGGUCCCGCCACUGUGCAGGGAUUCGUACUGGCCCAACGGAAUCCUGGCCGAGUCUCCACCCCGCCGGGACAAGAACAUCCGCAUGAGGACGCGGGUCGCCGCCAAGACCAACCUAUUGGGAAUCAUGCCAGGUAACACACACACGGAGUAAACACACACACACUGACUGAACAAACAUGUUCACUAUUAAUCCACCAUUUCUCCCUCUCCUCUUCCAGAUGAGUUGAAGCACAUCAUCGGGGCGGAUACGACUCGUAAGGGCAUCCUGCGUGUGUUUGACAUGUUCCAACACGGACCAAUGAACCGCCGGCUGGUCUACGUGCUCCUAGAAGGGUUCCUGGAGACCAUGUUCCCUCACUACAAGUUCCCUGAGCUGUUUGUCAAACUUCACUCUCGCUCGCCGCGCACAGCCAGAUACACACAGAAACUCCAGAGCACCUCCCUGAAGAGGUGA